AUGACAAAUCCAUUUCCUCUUCUUUCUUCAUCUUUCCCGUCCGCUGUUUUCUUCUUUCUAAUCGCUUCCUUGUUCACUCCCACAGCUUCCAAGAUUCACAAUUAUUUCGAAAGGCCGUCUUCUCUGUCUGUUGAGGACGCUUCUUCGACUGCCAUCUCUUCCCCGGACAAUUCCUUCACCUGCGGCUUCCAUGAGGUUGGAAGCAACGCUUAUGUUUUUGGCAUUUGGUUCACCCAUUCCAUUAAUAAAACCAUUGUUUGGACGGCCAAUCGGGACAAGCUGGUCAAUGGCCAUGGUUCCAGGAUUUCUCUGCGGGGUGAUGGAGCCAUGGUCUUAACCGAUGUCGAUGGCACUAUUGUCUGGGAGACCAAUACCAGCUCUACUGAUGCUCGGAGAGCUGAGCUUCUCAACUCCGGAAACCUUGUUCUCAAGGACCCACAUGGUAAAAUUCUCUGGCAAAGCUUUGAUUUUCCCACUGAUACACUGUUACCUUCGCAGAGAUUUACCAAGGGCAAGAAGUUGACAUCUUCAUUAAGGAAAGGUGGUUAUGCUUCUGGGUACUUCAGCUUUUAUUUUGAUAAUGAUAAUGUGUUAAAGUUGAUCUAUGAUGGACCUGAAAUAUCAAGCUUGUAUUGGCCUGAUCCUGGUCUGAGUAUCUUCGACAAUGGAAGAACAAACUACAAUAGUAGCAGGAUUGCUGUUUUGGAUGAAAUGGGUUGGUUCUUAUCAAGUGACCAGUUCAACUUUCGUGCAUCUGAUAUGGGUCUUGGGAUCAAAAGGAGACUCACAAUGGAUUAUGAUGGCAAUCUGAGGCUUUAUAGCUUGAAUAACAAGACUAGGCAGUGGAUGGUGACAUGGGAAGCUCUUUCACAGCCGUGCGACAUUCAUGGUGUGUGUGGCAAAUACGGCGUUUGUGUUUAUGGCCCAGAGCCAAGGUGUUCAUGCCCCCCUGGUUACGAGGUAAGUGAUCCGAGUGAUUGGAAUCAGGGUUGCAAGCCUAGGUUCAACAAAACUUGUUCAAAUUUUAAGGAUGUGAAAUUUGUGGAGCUUGUGCAUACAGAUUUCUACGGGUUUGAUCUUAAUUAUAGCACAUCGAUUACAUUUGAAGCGUGUAGGGAGCUUUGCUUGGGGGAUUGUCGUUGUGAAGCAUUUAGCUAUAGGCUAACAGGAGCCGGACUGUGUUUCACGAAGAGUGCUCUUUUCAAUGGCUAUCACUCUCCUGCUUUCCCAGGCAGCAUUUACUUAACGCUGCCUGCAACUGUGGAGAAGACAUCAGCGCACACGAUUUUCAAUGCCACCGAUCUCAUAUGCAAUUCCAGGGAUGCUGAAAUUGUUCAGAAUUAUACUUCCAUGUAUCUUUUAUCUGGAAAGAGGGUGAAAUGGGUUUAUUUAUACUCAUUCGCUGCAGCCAUUGGGGGAAUUGAAAUCUUCAUCCUUCUAGUGGGCUGGCUUCUGUUCGGGAGACAAGGUUUGCCUGAUACAAUUGAAGAUGGAUAUCGAGCGAUAAUCAGUCAAUUCAGAAGAUUUAGUUACUCUGAACUCAAGAGUGCUACCGGAAACUUUAGGGAAGAGCUGGGAAAAGGCGGCUCUGGCGCCGUUUAUAGGGGUGUUUUGAGCGAUGAAAGAGUGGUGGCAGUGAAGAGAUUGGGAGACGCAUUUCAAGGGGAAGAAGAGUUCUGGGCGGAAGUGAGCAUAAUAGGGAAAAUCAAUCAUAUGAACCUAGUCAGAAUGUGGGGAUUUUGCUCCCAAGGGAGACACAGACUCUUGGUCUACGAGUACAUAGAAAAUCGUUCGCUGGAUGGGCACUUAUUCUCCAAAAAAGUUAUUGGAUGGAAGGAGAGGUUUAAAGUUGCAGUAGGGACUGCCAAGGCCUUGGCCUACCUUCACCAUGAAUGCCUAGAAUGGGUUAUCCACUGUGAUGUGAAGCCCGAAAAUAUACUUCUGGACGGGGACUAUGAACCAAAGGUUGCAGAUUUCGGGCUUGCAAAGCUGGCUCAGAGAGGUGGCGCUGGUUCUGAGUUUACUCGAAUUAGAGGAACAAAAGGGUAUAUGGCUCCGGAGUGGGCUCUGAACCUGCCCAUCACUGCAAAAGUCGACGUCUACAGCUAUGGAGUUGUGAUCCUGGAGAUGGUAAGGGGAAUUCGGCUUUCCAAUUGGGUGGGGGACAAUGCCGAGGAACAGGAAGCAGAGCUUACAAGGUUUGUGAGGACGGUGAAGAGAAAAAUUCAAAGUGGAGAAGAUUGGGUGGAGGAUGUGGUGGAUCCCAGAUUAGAAGGGCAGUUCGACAAGAGCCAGGCAGCAACACUGGUUGCGACUGGUCUUUCUUGCAUCGAGGAAGACAGACACAAGCGACCGGCAAUGGCUUCAGUUGUUCAAGUUCUAGUGGAAUCCGAAAACGAAAAUUAGUUUAAGCUCCCGUAAACCUUGUCACCUAUUCCACAGCAAAUUUUAUGUAACAAUUGUUAAAUAUAAAUGUUUCACAAUAUAUAUAUAUAUAUAUAUUUAAAUUCACAUAUUAUAUAAAAAACUGAUAUCAAUAAAAAAAAAGAAUACCUCUAUGGUUCAUAA